AUGGCUUCCGGCCGCGGCCCAAGAUGGCAGCAGUUUUUACAGGAGUUGGUGAUGGUUGCCGGUACCUCGGCAUCCGCAUACUUCCUUAUCCGUUACCUUCUGUCGCGUCUCGAUAUAGAUCCUGAAAGCCAAAAGAAAGAAGAGCAACGGCGCAAAUCCGCCGCUAUUUUGCGCAAACUUGAUGGAGGAUACGAAUCAGAUGGGGAUUCACCCCGCAGAGAAGGCAAGCGCGCGCGCAGACAAAGACGAGGGGAUUUAGUUCUCAACCAGUACGAGCAAGCUAUCGCCAUGGACGUUGUCGCUCCUGAUGACAUCGCCGUUUCAUUUGAGGAUAUCGGAGGCCUGGAUGAGAUCAUCGAAGAAUUGAAGGAAUCCGUGAUUUAUCCUCUGACAAUGCCCCACCUAUACUCUUCGACUUCAUCACUUCUCACCGCCCCAUCAGGAGUAUUACUGUACGGUCCCCCCGGCUGUGGUAAGACGAUGCUUGCCAAGGCCCUGGCCCAUGAGAGUGGCGCGUGCUUUAUCAAUCUACAUAUCUCGACCCUGACUGAGAAGUGGUACGGUGAUUCGAACAAACUGGUCAAUGCUGUUUUUUCAUUGGCGCGCAAAUUGCAGCCGACCAUUGUCUUCAUUGAUGAGAUUGACGCUGUUCUUGGCACAAGGAGGAGUGGUGAGCAUGAGGCCAGUGGGAUGGUCAAGGCCGAGUUCAUGACACAUUGGGACGGCCUUACCUCGGCGAAUUCCCUAGGUGAGCCACAACGCGUUGUUGUUCUCGGAGCGACGAAUCGCAUCCAGGACAUUGACGAGGCAAUCCUGAGACGGAUGCCUAAGAAGUUCCCGGUUACUCUUCCACCGGCCCCGCAACGGCUUCGAAUUCUUAGUCUGAUCCUCAAGGAUACAAAGGUCGACCGAGAGAACUUUGAUCUGCACUAUUUGGUCAAGGCAAUGGCGGGGAUGUCGGGUAGUGAUAUAAAGGAAUCAUGUCGCGACGCCGCUAUGGUCCCAGUCCGAGAAUUAAUCCGACAAACGAAGGCAGAUGGUCUGCAGAUGGCAUCUGUGAACCCGAGUGAGGUCCGUGGUCUUCGAACCGAGGACUUUUUCACUCGCGCCGGAGGUGUCAAGGUCAUUCCAGCGCCCGCUCAGACUCAAACACAGUCUACCAGCAAAGCUAGCUCCGAGAAAGAGUGGACUACGGCAGAAUCCGAAGCAGCAUCAGUAGACGAUGCACGACCGGCUGAAAUGGCUGAACCUCCUGAAUGA